CUCGAAACUCCCGGUAUUGCAGCUGCCGCAUCCCUUGAUAUUAUUACCGGCUUCUCGCUUCACCAUGGCACUGUCCAAGGAGCAGGGAGAGGCCGUUCUGGCUCUGAUUGAGCAGUCAGAUGCCUUACCUGUCGUUUCCGCUGUUCCCAUCACAAACACCCCUACCGCCUCUUCAGCUCCUGUUUUCUCAGAAUGGGGUACAGCAACUCGCGUCCUCCGUCUCGUGCGUCCUCCAGCUAGGAAUCCUCGCCAGCCUUAUCUCGUUUCGCUCCAUGGGCUCACACGGGUGCAUUUGACAGCACCUUUUGCGGCCCCGACUUCCCUGGAGACCACUCUACCCAUCCACGAAAUCGAAUACCCGCCCACCGAACGGAUACCGUCCAGAGAGGUCGUUGACAAGUUCAAGCACAGUGCAUUGAGGUUGCUCGACAGACUCGCCAAUGAUGCCGUACAAUCCUCGCGAAAGGAGGGCUAUCAAAAGAUCGCCAGCAUGCUUGACGACAUCACUGAUGCACGAGCUCCUUGGAUGGCGGAUGUUCUCAUUGGAAGUAUCAAUGGAGAGUAUGAUGACAAGCUCGCCAUUCUCAGCACCCCCGACUCCGAAACCAGGCUCUCACUGGCAACAGAUAUAUUCAUGAAGCAAGCUUCCAUUUCAGAAGUCUCCAAAAAGAUUGCUUCUGCCGUCGAUGAGUCUCUAUCUAAACAACAAAAAGAAUUCUUCCUUCGUCAACAGCUCGCCGCUAUUCAGCGUGAACUUCAUUCUCUCACUUCCAAUGGUCCUCGCAACAACAACUCCAAUUCUUCCGAAUCUUCGGGCUCCGAACUCGAUGACGACGAGCAGCAUGACGCCGAUGAUCUUGCCGACCUCAAGCGUAAGAUUGAGGUUAUGGAUCAUGGCUCAGAAGAACGCAAGAUGGGCGUUCGGGAAUGGAGGAGGUUGAAGAGGAUUCCACAGGGCAGCGUAGAGAACGGAGUCAUUCGAAACUACCUCGAGUGGCUGACAUCCAUCCCGUGGUCAUCGCACUCAACAAGCACAUCUCUCUUGAAGGACAAAGCCUUCCUCACAAACGCCCGGCAACAGCUCGACAGAGAUCACUUUGGUCUGGAGAAGAUCAAGCGGCGGUUAAUCGAAUAUCUUGCUGUGGUGCGACUGAAGGAAAUGAAUGCUGACACCCAGAUGAUUUCAGGGGUGGAUACGAAGCAAAUGGAUGGAGAGAAGGCUCUUGUUCCAUAUACAGCCAAACCCGUCCUUUCGCGCUCGCAGAAUGUCAAAGGUCCAAUAUUACUCUUCGUAGGUCCUCCCGGUGUGGGGAAGACGUCGUUGGGCCAGUCCAUUGCCAAAGCUCUGGAUAGGCCUUUCCAAAGGAUUUCGUUGGGCGGCGUUCGUGACGAGGCGGAGAUCAGAGGUCACAGACGGACUUACGUUGCCAGUGGUCCUGGUCUUAUCGUGCAAGCCAUGCGCAAAGCGGGUCGGAAGGACUUUGUUCUGUUGCUGGACGAAAUUGACAAGAUUGGCCAGAGCAACUUCCAUGGAGACCCUGGAGCGGCAUUAUUGGAGGUAUUGGAUCCCGAGCAGAAUCACGCCUUCAAUGACCAUUACCUUAACGUUCCUGUCGACUUGAGCCAAAUCUUGUUCGUUUGCACGAGUAAUUCUCUUGACACAAUCUCGGGUCCACUCUUAGAUCGUUGCGAGAUUAUUCAGCUAUCGGGUUACACGUACGACGAGAAGAUGCAUAUCGCUCGAAGAUUUUUGCUUCCCAAGCAGAUUACUGCGAAUGGCUUGAAGGAGGAGCUGGUCAGCAUAACGGAACCGGCGCUGUUGCAUAUUGCGACGAGGUACACUCGGGAAGCAGGCGUGCGGAGUUUGGAUAGGGCCAUUGGAGCCGUCGUGAGACACAAAGCAGUGGAAUGGGCUGAGCAUCUCGACGAGGAGGUGCCCGAUGGUGAGCAGAGGCUUCUCACAGAUGGUUCUGAGGGAAAGUCUUAUUCGCCUGUGGUCGAGGAGAGCGAUCUGGAAAAGAUGCUGGGUAUUUCGCGGUGGGAGGGGGAAGAGAAGGAGAGAGAAGAAGCUAGGGGUAUCGUAUUUGGCCUGGUGGUUAUGGGUCAGGGUGAAGGAGGCAUCCUUCCCGUUGAGACCAUCGCGGUACCCGGAACGGGUAGCUUGAAGAGGACGGGAAGCUUGGGUGAUGUUAUCAAAGAGAGCAGUGAGAUCGCCUUGAGCUGGGUUAAGACGCAUGCGUAUGACCUCGGGAUUACGAACUCGCGUAGUCAGGAUCCACUGAAGGGUCCGGAUCCCAUUGAUAUCCACCUUCACCUACCUGCAGGUGCACAAAAAAAGGACGGUCCUAGUGCUGGAGUUGCAAUGACUUGUGCGUUUGUAUCGCUGCUGACUGGGGCACUUGUUCCGUCGAAUAUCGCCAUGACGGGAGAGGUAACCCUCCGAGGACACGUUACGCCCGUGGGUGGAAUCAAAGAGAAGGUCCUCGGCGCUCAUCGCGCACACAUUAUCAAGGUGAUCCUUCCUUGGGGUAAUCGGAAGGACGUCGAACACGAUGUCGCCCCGGAGAUCAGAAACGAGAUGGAGUUUAUCUUUGUGAGGAACAUUCGGGAGGCAUUGGACGCUGCGUUUGGUCCGGCGACACUCAGCUGGAGGAGAGGAAGCGUGGUUAUGGAAAGUCGAUUGUAAGUGUUGUUGCUUGACACGGAUUGGGACGCUUUCGUGUUUUGAAAUUGUAAAUGGGGCGUUGUAAUAUUAGGUGUAUUUAAGAAUCGGGACCAUUCCCGUUCAUAUAAGCUUUGAAUACUGCUGUUUAUUUCCUUUAUAUUUCUAUCGUCUGCGACACGAGCAUGUAUAAUAUCUCAUCUCCGCAUCUAAGAGGACGGAACAUACAUUUGUUUGACUUCACACAGCA